AUGUUCAACGGAAAUUUAUCACCAGUAAACUCCAGCUUCAUCGCAAUGCCACCAACCAUACCUACCGACAAAAGAGAGGAAGAAACAGCUGUCCCACCAACGUCCUUUUCCAGGCAGACGAACAAAGUCAGAGAUUUCUUCUCCAUACCGGCACCAAUAAAGACCCUAUUUGAUCUGGUACCCGUCCUGGUGUAUCCUCCCAACGGCCUUCCACAGCGUGCGCCCAAGCCUGCGAGGAUACCAACUCUCUAUGUCUUCUCCAAAAAGGAGGAUGCGGCCACGGGGAAACCGAGUUUCAAUCCUGGUUGUUUGAAGUGGCAGGCAUUUCUCAACAUCGCUGGUAUCAAUCAUCGUUUAGCGGCCUCGAAUAACCAUGCGUCGCCAACGGGUGUAUUGCCAUUCCUGCUCCCAGGAGCGUCUUCCUCGAAUGCAUCUCCGGACGCUCUGCCCAUACCCUCAAGCAAGCUUGUGAAAUAUGCAGCGGAACAUGGAGCACAUGUGAAAGAGCCAUUAAACAUGCGGUACGAAGCGUACAAAUCGCUACUCGACCAUCGGAUCAGGCAUGCUUGGCUGUAUACUCUCUACCUCGAACCCUUGAACUUCAAUGCAGUCGCGUACCCACUUUAUGUAUCUUCGAUCUCGACAAGUCCCUUCGUACGAGCAUCUAUAUCUCAUCAACUGCGCGCAGCAGCGGAGGCGGAACUGUUGAAAAAUUCUUCCAUCAUCGAUAUUGAUGAUCUGUACAGCGAAGCCGAUAAGGCAUUCGAGGCACUUUCCAUAUUACUUGGUGACGAUCCUUGGUUCUUUGGAUGCGACAGGCCAACAUUGUUUGAUGCAAGUAUAUUUGCCUAUACGCAUCUUCUUCUUGACGACGGAAUGGAAUGGAAGGAAAAAAAAUUGUGUAGGGCCUUGAGGAGGCGGGAAAAUCUUGUACAACAUCGCGAAAGGCUGCUUGUACGAUAUUUCGGUGGAUGA